AUGGGCUGCUGGGAGGCUAAAUGUAUGUCUCUUUUCUUGGUUCUUAUAACUUUCUAUCUACAGGGAACCUAUUUGCAGAAAGCUGAUGAAUCAAGACAAAGAAAACCAUUUUUCGAGAGACUCAGAAGACUAGAAGAACAGUUCCGGAGAUUUCAAGAGGUGACCCUAACGCGUCUCCAGGGGAUUGCAAAAAACUAUAAUGUUUCCUAUAACAUCAACACCAGAUUUCAAAACCUGACAGAUGAGCAUCAUACCCUAGCUAUGUCUGUCAGUGAAACUCAGGCAGCGGUGCAAAUGGAUCUGAACCACUUGAAGGCCUGGAUGAAGAAGAUUCAGAGACGAUCCAGGAAGGCAGACUCUAAGCUCCUGGCCUUUGAAAGAUCCUUAAAUGAGAAGAGUAAGCAGAGCUCCCAGGAGAAAAUGAAACAGCAGGAGCAGAGUACUCUCCUUGCCAGUCUCACUGGGACCAUCACACAGGAUGUUAGUACCCUUCAGAAAAGCCAAAUCUAUAUGCAGACAGAAAUCAAGGCUCUACAGAACGUGACUCAGCUGCAAGGGGCCAGACUGAAUGCCGUAGCAGAGCAGCUGCAGAGAGCUUUGCAACAAGCAGCCUUCUCCCCCAGCCCAGUCACCUCUUCUCCACUCUUGCCUCAGCCUUGGAAGGAGAAGCAGCAGCCAGGCCAGCAGCUGCUCCACGCCAAGCACAGGCACAGGAAAAAGCUGCAUCAGGACAGGUUGGAGCUAGGAACCGGAACAGAAACCCAGAAAUUGUUUCAGGAUUUGGGGAGACCACCUCUGGAAGAGAAAGAACCAAACACACAAUCUGUCAGACAGACACCUCCCAGUAUAGAUGAGGUACUGAAGGAGCCAAAGCAACCCCAGGCUUCCCAAAAGACAGGAGAAAUUUGCAAUGUAGGGUCCAUGCUUGUUUUCCCCAACACUUCUACUGAGAAUGUGGUCAUCUUCAGUCCAGGUUUCCUCACUGGGCUCCGGGAGCUAUCUAUCUGUACUUGGGUCCGGACCUCCUCCAGCUACCUGGGUACCCUACUUUCCUAUGCCACUGAAGAAAAUGACAACAAGUUGGUGCUGCACGGUAAAGACACCCUGGUUUAUGGCACUAUCCACUUUGUGAUAGGAGACCCAGCCUUCAGGGAACUGCCAGUGGAACUGCUUCUGGACAGCAGGUGGCACCAUAUGUGUGUGAUUUGGUCUUCCAUCCAAGGGAAAUACUGGUUCUAUGUGGACAGGAGGCUGGUGGCCACUGGCUCCAGGUUCAGGGAGGGCUAUGAAAUCCCUCCUGGAGGAAUCCUGGUGUUGGGACAGGAGCAAGAUACCAUGGGCGGAGGUUUUGACAGCUCUGAAUCCUUUGUGGGAAGCCUGGCAGGCCUGACUGUGUGGGACCGGGCCCUGUCACCAGGUGAGGUCUCAAGCAUCACCACUGGAAAGGUACUGCCGAGGAGUGUGCUCUUGACCUUGGCCAAUGCCUCCUCAUUGGAAGGAUCCGUGAAGAAGGUCAUUUGUGCUUGCCUGGAGCACUGCUCAUAAGCCAACACCAGCAAACGACCAGGCUUUCCUCUAUCUUAUAGCUUUCCCACCCCCAUGCUAAUUCAAAAAGCAUCUCUCUGUUAUCUCAUUUAAUUUUCAUAAUAACCCUGUGAGAUAGGUACUGCAAUUUUACAUAUGAAGAUCUGAAGCUUGGAGAGAUUCCCUUGCAACUUGCAAAAGUUCCUCAUCUGUAUAUGUGUGUAAUGUCCUUUAUUAUCCCUCAUUACUUACAAGGAUCAAAUAUGCAAUCUGAAAAAAGAAAAAAAAAAGAACUUUUUUUUUUCCUUUGAUGUUUUGAUAAAUAGUAAAGAAGCUGGAGUUGUUAAACUAUCUCCAGUAAAACUCAGAACUAAUUUAUUUGUUGCUGUGGAAACUCUUACUGCUUUCAAUACAUAAUUAGUAAUUGACUCUUUUAUAUACUUGUUUUCAGUUUUCAUUUCAACAAAGAACCACUGUAAUUAAAGUUAUCAGAAUAAAAUCUCUGAGCAAUGAGAAAAAAAAAGAUAAAAUAUGCUGAUGUUAUACAAUACUAUACAUAUACUUUAUACAUUUCUGAGUUUCUAAACUUUUUCUAUGUUAUUUGAUGGUCAAGUGUCAUCUGUAGCUUCUUGAAAAUUAAAAAAAAAUCUGAUUUAAUUUCUUAUGCUGGCCCUUGAUAUAUUGAAACUACUGAAGAAAGUCAUGAUGUAGAAGAGAGAACUAUAUAAUUCAAACUACAAUCUGAAGACUUUAUCCAUCACUCUGAAUUUUUAAAAAAAUUAGUUAAUUUGUUCAUUAGAUAAUAGUAGUCUAUGUCCCAAGAGAGGCUCAAAGGCCUGAUCCACAGACAGUCCUAUCUCAAUCGAAUGUGAGCUCUACUGAAAUAAGGACUAUUCCCCCCCCCCCCUUUCUAUUCCUAGCCUAAAUAUAAUGUUUAGUACGUAGCAGGCACUUAAUAAAUGCUUACUGAAUCAAAUUUAAUUGUAAAGAAAUUUGUAUUAUUCAAGAGACUUCAAAUUCUGAUUGAAACAAAAGGAAUAUAGUUGUCAACAGUCAUACUGGAGUUUGACUUAGGAAAAAUGCUGCUUGAGUGAUUUCAUGACAAAAUGGUCAAUGUCCUGAUGUUUUCCACACAAAGUGAUCCUGCUACUGCCUAGGAUUAAUAGCUCAUGGCCCCAUUUCAUCCAGGGACAAGGAGUUUCUCUCAAUGUUAGGAAAGAA